AUGGGAGCGAAGACGUAUAACCUCCUCCGCAGCCUCAUCGCACCAGCCAAACCCGCAGACAAAACUAUUGAGGAGAUUACAAGAACACUCAAAAAUCAUUUGAAUCCAGCACCGCUAGUGAUCGCGGAGCGCUUCAGAUUCCAUAAGAGAAACCAAGCAAAGACUGAGACAGUGUCAGAGUACAUCGCAGAUCUGCGAAGACUGGCGGAACAUUGUCAGUUCGGAGAGGGACUAUCUGACGCAUUGAGAGACCGGUUCGUCUGUGGUCUGCAUAACGAGAGUACGCAAAAACGCCUUUUAACAGAAGAAAGGCUCACCUUACGGCGUGCGGUGGAUAUCGCUGUGUCAGUGGAAACCGCUGCAAGAGACGCCACUGAACUACAAGAAUCUAUUGACUGUCCCAGACCUGUCAUAAACCUGUCUGAUCCUCCGGGACGCAGAUAUCCUGAGAGGCACCGCAAACCUCCUGACAGACUUGGUUCAUAG